GCUGCUGAAGGUAGUUAACGUUAGCCAUUCGUCGACGUACAUGGUAGAGUACGGUAUAGUAUCAAUUGUUCUUUUAGUUUGAUAUGAUACUGUAGAUAAAUUCUUCUUCGUCACAUCCCGGUCGAUGUUUAUGGAUUUCCAGAAGUUAACGUGUCUUUGAACGGACUUCCAGGUAAAGUUACGAAAAUGCCCUUACAUGGAAAAAUAGUCGUGGUUAAGAGGAGCGGAGGAGAUGGGACUGAGUUUCCUCUGACUGCAACAUGCUUAUUUGGAAGGAAGCCUGACUGUGAUAUUCGUAUUCAGCUUCCUCAGGUCUCCAAAGAGCAUUGCAGAAUUGAUUUGAAUGAAAAUAAGGAGGUCAUUUUGACCAACUUGAGCUCAGUGAAUCCAACUCGUGUCAAUGGAGAGGCUUUGCAGCAGUCUGAGCGUUUGAAACAUGGAGAUGUGAUAACUAUUAUUGAUCGUUCUUUCAGGUUUGAGUAUCCUCCAGCACCCACACCAAAGAAGAGAUCUUCCAUCGGAGGCAAAACUGAAUCCUUCAAAGUUCUUCAAGAUCAGCAAGUUGGUGACACGGUCUCCACUGAAACAGGAGAAAAGAAGAUCUCUGAAGUGUCCACAGACCCUCAUCUGAAAGAUGGAACUAACCAUGACAACAUCCAGCGAUCCCUGGAGAAAACUAUGGAGUUGGAGUCCAAGGAGGAAAACAAGACGGCAUCCCCCUUCAAUGAUCUGUAUCAAAUGAUAAAAAAAUCUCUGGAUGUCAAGACCCCUCGGAAAUCUUCUGCCAGUCUGCUUCAAACACCUACGUCAAGGUUUUGCACUCCAAAACCUGGUACAGUCAGAAAAAAUGAUGGAAAACUUGUCACAGAAGAAAAGGGCACUCCUAAAAAGGUCUCUUCUGAUGAAAAUAUAGGGAUGGUUGAAAGUGGAAGUAAUGGGACCCCGAAGUCUGUUAAGAAGCAGAGGAAGUCCUUCCAGGUUCCUUCUACUGAAAUGGCCGGACCUGAAGCUGAAAACAAUGCCAAGUCUGAUGCAACUUCACCCCAGAAGAGAAACCGUGUAACCCCCCAGAAGUUUACUGUGAGUGAGGUAAUUGAGCAAGUUCAAACGCCUAAGUCACCUAUGAGAAGGAGAAGCAAGGAGGCCACACCAGCCAAAGCUUCCCCCAAACCAGAGAAUCUUCGAACAUCACCAAGGAACUCAGGCAAAGUUGAAAAAGUGAAAGAGACGUCCAAAAAACGCAAGAGUGGAGAACUUGGUGACAACUUACCCACAUCACAAAUGAAGAAGAAACGAGUUUCCUUUGGAGGUCAUCUCAGUCCUGAGUUAUUUGACAAACGGCUGCCUCCUGACUCUCCACUACGCAAGGGGGCUGCUCCACGAAGAAGCUUGUGUCUGUAUAAACCCAGAAAUUCACUCCUUAGACGAGCAUCAGUUAUCGGUUUGCUUCAGGAAUCUGAACAUACUCCUUCGCCUAAAAAAUCAGUUGCCAAGAAUGCUUCUCCCAAGGCUGCAUCUCCUGGAAAGAAGUCACCAAAAUCAAGGUCCACCUCUCCCAAGGCUGCAACUCCUGCAAAGAACUCACCGAAAUCAAGUAGCCCUUCUUCCAAGGCUGCAACUCCUGCCAAGAAGUCACCAAAAUCGAGCACUUCUACUCCCAAGGCAGCAACUCCUGCAAAGAAGUCACCAAAAUCAAGGACCCCUUCUCCCAAGGCUGCAACUCCUGCAACGAAAUCACCCAAAUCAAGGCCCCCUUCACCCAAGGCAGCAACGCCUGCAAAGAAGAGUCUGUGUCCCUCUAAAAACAAGGUGGAAACUCCAGGUGUCCAGACCCCCACUGUACAAGGGCGCUUCUCUGUGUCACACAUCAGCACACCAUCUCCAAUAGCAGAAGAUGUUGUUAUUGACCAGAUGCCUUUAGUCACUGUAACCCCAAAAAUACCCCUGAGGAGGAAGAGCAUGAAGAGCACCUCACGAAAGACUCCAAGUAUGGUGAAGAGUGCUAUAAAAGUAAUGCGCAGAACAAGUGGCAUUUCACGGGCAUCUAUGAAAGUUAAGGGCUGCUGGGCAAAUGUUGUGAAAUUUGGGCAACCUAAGGCUCAGGAAGUGGCUCAAGUGGCUGCUCCAGCGAAAAAAACGGUUGUCAAAAAGACAAUGAAGAAGGCUGUGUCCAAACCCCAGACGCCUGCAAGAAAACUCAAAGACUAUGUUAGCACUGGACAUGCAGAUUCACCUGCUACCAUAGUUGUGGGCAGAGCUCACCAACAAAAGGUUGUAUAUCCCACUGGUGCUGCACCAAGACUGGUCGCCAAUACUGCACUCCUUAAGAAGAACAUGAAAAUGGAUGAAGACUUGACUGGAAUUUCUGAAAUGUAUAAAACCCCUGUAAAUGAAAGGAAGAGGAGAUCUGUCAUGAAGACACCAGUGGUAGUUCUAGGCACAUCUGUGGUAGAACCAUCAGUGCUGAACACACCAGAGGAGCCAGGUGAAAUGAUGGUGUCACCACUAAGUGUUACAUCUGCAGUAAAAGAUGGAAGAUACAGCAGUGAGGCAGUCCAACGCUUCCUUAAUGAAGAUCAAGAGUCUAGCUUCAUCAAUGACAUCCCUGCUGUGGAGACUCAGUCUGAUUCCGGUGCAGAGCAGUGCACACAUUCUGAGACCACCUCUGUAGCAACUCCAAAACAGAAGCCUGAACAGCACGAGUGUCUCACUGGAGUGAAGAGGAUCAUGAAGACACCACGACAGAAGGCUGAACCUGUUGAGGACUUGAGAGGAAAGAUUUUGAAGACCCCUAAGCAGAAGCUUGAACAGCAGGAGUGUCUCACUGGAGUGAAGAGGAUCAUGAAGACCCCAAGACAGAAAGCUGAACCUGUUGAGGACCUGCGAGGAAAGAUUUUGAAGACCCCUAAGCAGAAGCUUGAACAACAAGAGUGCCUUUCUGCAGUUAAGAGAAUUUUUGAGACCCCACAACGGGAGUCUGAACCUCUCGAAGACCUUCAAGGAAAACUUCUGGAAACUCCUAAAGCUCUUGAGGCUGGUGAUGCAGGUUUGGAUGGUGUUAUGGAAAUUGUGGAGACACCAGUAUGCAUGCAAGUCUCUGAAGAUCUCUCUAAAAUGGCAGACUUGAAAACUCUAAAUGUGAAGCGCUCCCCAUUGCUGUGCCUCACAGAUGUCAAGAGAAUAAUGAAGACUCCUAAAGAAAAAAAUGCUCCAGUAGAAGAUAUGGUUGGUUUGAAGAGGCUCAUGAAAACUCCCAAAGAAAAGGCUGAACCUGUUGAGAAGAACUUCGGUCUCAAGAGACUCAUGAAAUCCCCAAGGCUGAGGGGUAAUGCACCAGUGGAAGACUUUGAGGGACUUCAAGAGCUCAUGGAGGAGCCACUGCCUGAUCCCACAGUACAACUGGAGACGAAUGAGGCUGAGGACCCACAAGAUGAUGUCCAAAUGGAUGUGAUUGAUAAUGCUCCCCAAAUUGACAUUGAAAUGGCAAACGUGAAUGAAGUUGUUGAGGAGGUGCCAAGUGAACAUGACAAUAAAGAAUCCCUAGAUGCCUUGGAAACUAUCUCUCAAGUGGAUGCGGUAGAUGAGAUUGUAGCUGAAGAACAACCUAAAGUGGAAACUUCUACUGGCAAGGUCUCAGAAAUCAUUACUACCAUGGAUUCUGUCCAUGAGAAGAAAUCUGUUCGAGGCAGAAGGGCAAAAGUGGUGGAAACUAAAUCAGCUGAAGAUGAAGAGGAGGCAACUGUACAGUCUGAAGAGCCUGUCGUCCCUGCUCCAGUCAGAGGAAAAAGAGGAAAGAAAACUGAAGCUACAGCGCCACCUGCUGUUAAACAAACAACAAGAGGUAGAAAUGCAACAGUCACUGAAAGCAAAGAUGUUGAGAUGGAGAAAAGUGCCUCUCUGCCUUCUGAAGUUGCCAUCAAGCCUAAAAGAGGAAGAAAUGCCAAAAAAGCUUCUGAUGAUCAAGCUGAAAUUGUCCAAGAGGUUGCCACGGAAAAUAUGCCAGAAGCUGAGAGUGAGCAGAGUCCCCCGGUUUAUGCAGACCACGAAAAAAAUGACAGCACAGCUUCCACAGAGAAGGCUGUGUUGAAGCCCAAGCGAGGGAGAAAAGCCAAACAAUCUGAACAAACAGUGACAGAGCAGCAGGAUGUGCCCCAAGCUGACACGGCAAAAGAAGAUGCAAAUGAGGGCCAUACUGACCAGCUGCAAGGGGUGCCAGGUGGAAGUGAUGAGAAUAAAUCAUCAGAUGCACCUGCAACUGAAGUGGAAACAGCAAUUUGUGAAGUCACAGAAAUGGAUGCAGCUCCUGUUUCAAAGAAGUCUGUUCGAGGCAGAAGGGCAAAAGUGGUGGAAUCUGAACCCAUUGAGGAUAAGCAGGAUGUAACAGAACAGUCUGAGGAGCCUGUCAUCACUGCUCCAGUCAGAGGAAGAAGAGGGAAGAAAACUGAAGCUACAGCACCACCAGCUGUUAAACAAACAAGAGGCAGAAAUGCCAAGUCUCAACAAAGUGCACCUGAUCAACCUGAAAUGGUACCAGAGAAAGUUGUGGAAGCAACACUGCCUGAGAUUUCCACUGAAGCUGUAAGUGACCAGAUUUCUCCAGUAAAUACCCAAGAAGAAACAGAUUCUGCACCCCCUGCAGAGGAAGCUGUCGUAAAGCCCACUAGAGGCAGAAAAACUAAAGCACCUGUUGUGCCACCUCAAUCAACACCAGAGGAAGUUGAAGUUGUGAGUGAUGAGCAUCUUAUCGAAGACGCUCAACCACAGAAGUCCAUUCCCAAACCCAGAAGAGGGAGAAAGGCAAAACCUGAUACUGUUGAACAAAAUGAAGUGGCAGAAGACACAGUGGUUGUGGAGACCAAGCAGUCCCAGCCUCCAGUCAGGGCUAAGAGAGGAAGAAAUGCCAAACAGGAAGAAGAAAAGCUGGAGAACGAUGACAAAGCAACAUCAGUUGAGGCAGCUAAAUCUCAGGAGCCAGUUAAAAAAUUAAGGAGAACUAGGAAGGCAGAGCAAGACCAUGUAGAACCAACAGAAGUCCAAGCUGUUGAAAUGGUUGUCCCAGAAGAGGCUGAAGCUCCAGUUGUUACUGAGCCAGUGAAGACGAAUGAACAGGCUACUGUGCCGACAAAGCUCAGGAGAGGAGGGCGAAAAGCAAAACAAGACACUGAGAGUGAAACUCCUGUCGACUCCACUGAAGUCCAAGAGGUCCCUGCUGUCAGCUCCACAGACAAACCCAAGCGGGGUAGGAGAGGAAAACAAGUCACUGAAGAUGCUGAAGUCAGUGCUGUAGUACCAGAGGAGAAACCUGAUCAUGAGCCAGAGGCUGAAGAGAAGAAUAACACAGAGGUAGACGCUCCAGUUGUUAAAUCUAGCAGGGCGAGGGGGGUGAAAAAUGAGGUUUCACAAGCCAUUCCAGCCAAGAGAGGCCGUCGAGGUGUAGCUCUUCCCCCUGAGGAGACCAACACAGAAUCCACAGUCCCUGUUUCAGAGCCUGAGUCUGCUCCUGUACAGCCAGCCAAAAGAGGAAGACGGGCAGCAGCAAAGGCCACAACAGAUGAUGCAACGGUGUCGAGUGACCAGGCAAAUCCCACUGAAGAUCUGAGCAAUGCUGCUGUGGAAGAAACACAAACGUCCAAAAGAUCUGUCAAGUGGAAAGCCAACUUGGAAGUCUUUGAGAUCCCAAAAGCAACACCCGUAAAGGCAGUCCGAGGUAGGAAGUCCAAACUUGCAGACCAAGUUGACACUGAAAGCAAAACUGAAGAGAAGGAUCUCUCAGAAGUUGUUGCAGCUCAACCUGCCAAGAGAGCGCGGCGAGGGGCAAAGGUUGCUGAUGAAGCGGAGUCCACAAGCGAGGUACAGUGUGUUGAGCCUGAGACACAGCCAAAAACCCGAAGAGGAAGAUCAGCAAAAAAAUGAAAGCAUUUGUAUAUAUUCUUAAUCAUAAUGAUGUUUUCUUUUUUAAAAUCUUUUUGUACUUCAUUUUUUUUUUUAGAACAUGUUUUAUAGACUGAAAACGAAGCACUGCUUUUUUUUCAAUACAGCAGGGAAUCUUGUUUUAACGAUGUGUCGUGACAAGUUAUACGUUAUUCAUGACCUCAUUGCUUUGCAUAUAUUUUUAUGGUGAAAAAAUGGUUAUUAAAUUUUUGUAUAAUGGAAAAAAA